UUUUUUUACUUGUCCUUGUAACUUUUUUCUUUUUUUUGUAAACAUUUUAGUUCCGAUAACCAGAACAACCAGGCACCCAAACGCCGCACUUGAAGGGUUACACAACAGGGCUCAAACCAGCUUAUAGCCACUUCCUUACUCUUUUUUUUUCUUUUUUUCUUUUUUUCUUAUUUUAUAUAUUUCUCCUCUUGAUUUAUGCAUGGUUUCUCUCUUUUAUUCUUAUUUGCAUCAGUCAGCAUCCUCAAUCGUUCAUCUUUGUGAUUUUGCACCGAGCUCAAUUAUAUUCAUUAAAAAACACCUGUCAUUUCACUUAAAAAGAACAAGGGAAUUAAUCGUCUGAUCACUCACAACUCACUCAAACAAGGAUGGCACAGAACUCUGGAGACUCAAAGCCGGCAACAGUGGAUGAUACAAUAGCUGCUUCAGCUGUUAAUGGAGAACAGGCUACUGCCACUGACUCGCAACAGCAACAGCAAAAGCAACAACAACCUGUAUUUACGAUACUACGGCCCAAUGCAAAUACAUCUGAAUCAUCGCCUUGUACCGUCUCCGGCAGUAAUACGCCCCUCACAUCAACUGAACAUUCAUCGGCAUCUCAAGAACAAGUAGCGGGGCUGACAAGGACUCUAGAAGGAUUAGAGUUGGAGGAUGACUCAAAUGACACAGGAGGAGACAUGGCUCUGGAUGAGUUCUUGGUCAAUGCACUCAAAAAUCGACAGGAUCGAAUCUUUCUUCUCAAAUUGGACCGCGAGUUUUGUAGUUUUCUUAACAAUCCGAGUCAAGAACAACUAGAGUUCCCAUCACUCAAUUCUUAUUACCGUAUGGUUAUCCAUCGUGUCGCCAAUUACUUCAAGAUUACUCGCGCUGUAGAUCCACAGAACAGGAAAAUCAUCCUGUACAAGACUGAGCAAUCCGCAAUCCCUCCUUUGCGAUUCUCAGAUUUAGUUGAAGAAGAAGAAGAACAGCCUAUAAAGCAGAUGAAACUGUUGAAGAGGAACCCGAAUCGACCUGCUAGCGGUACACCUACUCCGGAAGCAUCAACAGAGCCUGAUCGCAAGACUAUUUCUAUAAAGGAGCGAGAGGAGGCGUACGCCAGAGCAAGAGCACGUAUCUUUCAAGAGGAUGCUUCUUCAAAAUCAAAGUCUGAUGGUUCUGGAUCUAAUUCACGAUGUGAUUCUUCCCCAGUAACAGCACCCCUGGGCGAUUCUCCACGUCAGGAAUCAUGUGACGACAGUCUCAAAAACAAGAACGGUCGGAAGCAGACGAAUGGAAGAAGAACGGGGUCAGGAACAACUCGGUCGCAAGAGGAACAGAACGAUGUGGACUCUCGCCAGCAAAACCAAUCGUCCCCAAACUCGCGUAGCGUCUCGAGAAGCACCUCUCCAUCGCCUCUUCCGACCAUCGGCGGUCAGGACUCUAAUCCCAAGAGCACCGGCAAGGGACUUGGACCAAAGACCAAACAAUCCAAAGGCGAUUUGGCGGCAGAGUGCGCAGAUCCGAAAAGGCGCAAGAGCACUGCCUCGAAUACCUCCUCUUCAUCAAACACAGUCAAGACACCAAUUGGACUGGCGAGGACAAUCUCAUCAUCUUCAAGCCAGGACGGAUUUCAAAGCCCCAACCUUGGGUCCAUAAUAACGGAAUCACCUUCAACGAAUUCACCCUCUAAUUCUGCCCCAUCUAAAGCAUACGAUUAUUUUGGACAGAAUCCGACAUCCAACUCCGGGUCAGUCUCACCAAUGAGUAGCGGAAGCUCAAGAGCCUCAUUUUCGUACUCUCAUCCUGGUGGGCACAAACAACAUCGUAAUCAUCCCAAUAACAACAACACUGGGGGCAACCAUGCCUCUGGUUUUAAUUACGGCCACCAAUCUUCAGGCCCAGGUUUCGUCAAGGGUAUAAAUGCCCCAGCGUUCGUUCCGAAAAAGUCGUAUCCAAAACAUGGCAACAGCCACACCCCAAUGAAUAGUGGAUUUAACAAUGGUCCCAUAACAUAUCAAUCUGGCCCGUCGUCUCAAGGGCAUCCCUUCAGUAAUGGAACAAACACCCCUUAUGUCUACCCACAGCCCGGGACAUCAUCGCCAUGGCCUGAGCGUGGGAUACCAACCGGCCAUGAUGGACCUACAUUUUAUAAUUCAUCCCAGGAUUCUAAUCCAGCUUUCCCGCAUGGGAACACGUUAACACAGUAUCCCUCCUCCGGUCCUAACAUGCUCCAGCAACCCUAUAAUAUUAAUACCAACCCUCCCAACUCUUCGCAUAACCACGUAAAUAACCAUCAACAACCCUUCCAUUCUUCUCAACGAGGUGGUCGACGCAAUCCCAACUCGAAGCAACAUUAUGGACAUCAACCUCACUUUCAACAUCCACAUCAUGCAAGGACACACCCACAAAUGCAUCAUUCGCAGUAUCAUCAUGGCAACAACAACAACAACAACAACAACAACUACAAUUACAAUAUGCCUUCAUCCAGAGAUGAUUUCUCGCAUGCGCAACGUUUCGGAAGACCAUUUGAAGGCAAUGUUGGGCAGGUACCGCCACUACAAUUUGGCCCAGACUUUUAUCCCACACACUCGAUGCCUGGUGACAUCCAGGCUGGCCCAAACAUGUAUCCCGGAUUUAUCAAUCAGCCGCUCACAACGUCACCUAAUGAAAGUUUUCCAAGAUACCCACCAGGUCAGAGUUGGAAUGGGCCUGGUCAAGUCGAUCCAUCCACAAUGUUAUAUAACCCCAUGCCGCAGGCUCCAAUAGGGGGGAAGAAACCGUAUAAUAAUUAUCAAUCUAAUACACCAAUGAAUCAGCAGGGCUCAUCUAUAAUGCCUAUGCAGACACCAGGGUCGGGACCAGGACCAGGGUCGGGACCGGGGCCUAUUGCUGGCGGCCAACCGCCUGCAAUGAUGGGAGGACCUGGAGGAGGAGGGGGGCAUGUCUUGUAUGACGUAGAGCGGAGACCUCCCAAGUCGACUGAACUUUUUGAUCCUAACAGCCCUUCGUCAUUUAGCGGUGGCGGCAGCGGUAGUGGACAGAGUGAUUAUUCAGGUGGAGUCCGUCAUCAGGGCUACAAUGAUGGAGGUUUCAUGCCUUCACAGGAUGCUGGGCAGGCAAUGAUGCUGGGUGGCGAUCGGUCACCUCAAGGGAUAAACUUACACCAUCCACAUGUAGGCUACCAUGGACAGCCAUUCAACAACAAUUAUCCGCAACAGCAACAGCAACACCAUCAGCAAAUGCAGCAACAUCCAAACAUUAAUCCUCAUCCCCAUGCUCAUACUCAUCCUCAUCAACAGCAACAUCAAUAUCAACAGCAACAACAACAGCAUAUUAAUCAACAUCAACAAAGCUUCCAACCACAUGUUCCUGUAGGAAUGAAUCGUUCGUAUUCCUCUUCUUCCUCAACCGGGUUCAGCAGUGGUGGAGGAAAUAAUAGCGGCGGUAAUGCUGGAUCGCAUAAUACUAAUAAGAAGGCCAAUUUGCUCUAUGACUAUUCAGUUCUCACCACACCAUCCUAUGAUGGUAUUUCCAAGGGCACGUCAUCAGAAUCUGAAAAGGUACCCAGCCUAAGCCACAUCUUGGAAAUUCAUGAGUAUGAUGCACAAGACGACAUUUUUGAAGAUCUAGUCUUACCCCCAGGAGCGAAGCUGAGACGUCUUAAAGCCUCUACAAAAGAUCCUCUUGGUCAGUGCUUGGUUGUUUUCAAGAAUGCAACCUUGGCUGCAGAAGCUCUUCAGGCAUUCCAAGAUGGUCGAGAGACGUGGAUGGGGCCCGAGGCUAGACUGAAGUUUGAACCAACAGAUCAAGUUUCAAAACAAAGUAACGAAAUGGAUGGGGGAACAGAUGCAAAAGAUGGAUCGGGAAACAAAGGAGUAGAAAAAGGUGAGGGUGAAGGUGAAGAAGGUGAAGCAGGUGGGGAUGAUGAUAGGGGAAAAGAGAAGACUGCUGUGGGCCGAGUUGUACGGAUACAACAGCGGUUCAAUGUGAAGGUAUGGACACCAGUUUUGGUCAAUAACACCACACCAACCUUUGGUGUAGUUGCAACUGUGGGAGGAUCAGAAAGCAGUAGCCCGAUCAAGAGCAUGGCUCAGGCUGCCUCCAGCGAUCCUAGCAACAGCAGCAAUAAUAAUAACAAUAACAACACCAACAACAACAGCAACAGUGAUAGUAGUAGCAUUCCUAAAGAAGCGCCAUCAGACCAAGCAUUUGAACCAAUUGAGUCAUCAGAAGUUGAAUCCACCCAGGGGGAAGACAGUUUGGAAACUAAGUGAAAAGUGAGAUGAUUGGGGAAGGGAAGAGGGAAAAAAAAAAACUGAAUCAACAGUGUGUACAUUAAUCGGC